CGAUCCGAGCCGUCCCUCUCACCCUUCCCUGAUCUACCUCCCUAGCCUGCCGCCACCACCGUCGUCUCUGCGCCGCGCAGAUCCGCCCUGCUGGUGCGGCACCACUCGAGCAUACGUGUACGGACGCGACGAGACGUAGUCCCCGCCCACCUCGCCGAGGACUCGUUCCUGUUUCGUGCGCGCCAGCACUACCGGUGUCCGUGCGUGGCUGGGCCAGGUCGAUUCGACCGAAUCCGGUGGAGUUCACCGUACCGUGGUGUCAAAUCGGUGAGUUCCAUAGUGUUACGCGUGGGGGAGGAGCGUUCGGGUCUGUCUGGCCGGAAGUGGCGCUGGGAUGGCUCUAGGGUUUGGUUUUGAUCUUUUGGCCUGAGGGCAUGGCGAAUGAGGGCCGGAUGAAGGGCGUGCAGGGCGUUGGGGGUGGAACUGGUGACGAGGAAGAUGGGAAUGAGGAGGUGCGAGAGGAGCUGGAACUCGCGCUAUCGCUGGGGUGGCGAAGCUGGCACCUCCCGCCGCGGCAGGAGCCCGCUCCCAGCUCACAUAACUGGACGGCGGUUCUGCCGGAGUGGAACCCCGACGCCGCUGGUAGCUCGCAUGAUGCGAAAACGGCCUUGGGCGGACAAUCUAUCCCUUCUCUCAGGUUCCGAGACAUGUUGGGUGGUAUCCUAGACGCCUCCCAUGCGGGUGGCAGUGUGGAGGUUGGGUGGGGCAACCUGGACGAAGAGGAUGAAGACAGAGACCUGCAGAAUAAACGGCUUAGAGUACAACACUUUGGCGAAGAAGGCCCACUGCAUUCUGGUCUUCUAUUUUGCAGAGAAAGCCCACUUCAUUCUGCUGUCUUGUUUACCAGAACACGAAUUGGAAUUUGGCUUGUCCCUUUUCCCAAAUGAUGGUAGUGAGAGCCUAAGAGAUGCCAAUAACGAGAUAGUGGAUGAUGCAGAAAACCCAGGUGAAAGAAAUUCUGAAGGUGUUGGAAUAAGAAUGGAUCUCUCUGACGAUCUCCUGCAUCUGAUAUUCUCUUUCUUGGGCCAGAAGGAUUUAUGCAGAGCAGGUGUUACCUGCAAACAGUGGCGAUCUGCUAGUGUGCAUGAUGAUUUUUGGAAGUGUUUGAAAUUUGAAAACACUAGGAUAUCACUGCAGAACUUUGUUAAUAUUUGCCGUCGUUACCCGAGUGUAACAGAACUCAAUUUGAAUGGUGUCAUAAAUGCAGAAAUGCUAGUUCUGGAAGCAAUAGUAUUUUUAAGGCAUCUGAAGACUUUGACAAUGGGCAAGGGACAACUGGGAGGCCCAUUUUUUCAAGCUUUAUCUGAGUGCCCAUUAUUGACUGCUUUAACAGUAAACGAUGCUUCUCUUGGGAGUGGCAUCCAAGAAGCAACUAUUAAACAUGGUGGAUUGCGUGAGCUUCAUAUUUUUAAGUGCCGUGCACUCAGAAUAUCUGUCAGGUGUUCCCAACUUCAAAUACUGUCUUUGAGGCGAACUGGCAUGGCUCAUGUAUCACUCAAUUGUCCUCAGUUGCUUGAGUUGGACUUCCAAUCCUGCCAUAAGCUUUCUGAUAAUGCAAUUCGCCAAGCUGCUACAGCUUGCCCGUUGUUGGCGAAACUAGAUAUGUCAUCUUGUUCUUGUGUUACUGAUGAGACACUGCGCGACAUAGGUAACUCAUGUCCAAGUCUGUCUGCUCUUGAUGCAUCAAACUGCCCCAACAUUUCAUUUGAGUCCGUGAAGCUUCCAAUGUUAGUAGACUUGAGACUGCUAAGUUGUGAAGGAAUCACAUCUGCUUCGAUGGUUGCAAUAGCUUACAGCCGUCUGCUUGAGGCACUACAGCUUGAUAAUUGCAGCCUGUUGACAUCAGUGUCUUUGGACUUACCACAUCUUAAGAAUAUGAGUCUCGUGCAUUUACGCAAGUUUGCUGAAUUGAAUCUGCGGAGCCCUGUGCUUUCUUACAUCAAAGUUUCCAGAUGUUCAGUGCUCCAUCGAGUUAGCAUAACAUCGACCACACUUCAGAAAUUGGUGCUUCAGAAACAAGAGAGUUUAUCCAGCUUGUCAUUGCAAUGCCACAACUUGAUUGAUGUGGAUCUUAGCGACUGCGAGUCAUUAACAAAUGCGAUUUGUGAAGUAUUUAGUGAUGGAGGUGGUUGCCCUAAGCUAAGAUCAUUGAUUCUUGACAAUUGUGAGAGUUUGAGCAUUGUAGAACUGAAUAGCAGUUCUUUGGUUUGUCUCUCUCUUGCUGGUUGCCGCUCGAUGACAUGCUUAAGACUCUCGUGCCCAAAUUUGCAACAUGUGAAUCUUGAUGGAUGUGAUCACCUUAAAAAUGCAGCAUUCUGUCCAGUGGGCCUUGAAUCCCUAAAUCUGGGAAUUUGUCCAAAAUUAAGUAUUCUGUGCAUUGAGGCCCCAAAUAUGUCUAUAAUGGAGCUGAAGGGUUGUGGUGUGCUUUCCGAGGCUUCCAUCAAUUGCCCUCGCUUGACAUCUUUAGAUGCCUCUUUCUGCAGGCAGCUUGUGGAUGAUUCACUGACUUGUAUGACCGGGGCAUGUCCUCUGAUUGAACAUCUUAUCCUGUCAUCAUGCCUAUCCAUUGGCAUCGAUGGAUUGUCUUCAUUGCAUUGCCUUCAUAAGUUGACCUUGCUUGACCUGUCUUAUACAUUUUUGAUCAACUUGAAGCCUAUUUUUGACAGUUGUCCACAGUUGAAGGUGUUAAAACUUUCAGCUUGCAAGUACCUCAGUGACUCAUCAUUGGAUGCCCUUUACAGAGAGGGUGCUCUUCCAUUGCUUGUUGAGCUAGAUCUGUCCUACUCACCCAUCGAACAGAAUGCAAUAGAAGGUCUUCUUGCUUGUUGUAGUAAUUUGGUUAAUGUGAACUUCAACGGAUGUACAAAUUUUCAAGAAUUGGUGUGCGAAUCUGGGGAUAGCGGUUCUGUGGAUAUGCCAGUUGACUCUUGUCCACCUAGUUCACCAAUCAAGAAUGAAGAGAUCAGUGAGCAACCUGGCCGUCUGCUUGAAGUUCUCAAUUGUACUGGGUGCCCUAAUAUUAAGAAAGUUGUUAUUCCUUUGAUAGCAAACUUUUCACAUUUGUCCAAAAUUAAUCUUAAUCUUUCAACCAACUUGAAGGAAGUGGAUUUGACAUGCUCCAAUCUUUUAACGUUAAACUUGAGCAAUUGUAGCUCACUGGAGGUGCUGAAGCUUGAUUGCCCAAGAUUGACCAACCUCCAACUUUUGGCAUGCACCAUGUUGCAAGAGGAGGAAUUAGAAUCUGCAAUAUCCCUUUGUUGUGCGUUGGAGGUCCUUAAUGUGCAUUCUUGUCCAAAGAUCAAUGCUCUGGAUUUUGGCCGACUCCGUUUGGUUUAUCCCAGUCUGAAGCGCAUCCAGAGCAGCCUCAUUUCAUAAUGCGGAGGCUACUACCAUAUUAAGGAGUGCAAUUCAUGCAAUAAGCCUCUGUUCAGGUUUGAUGAAAGAAGCAAGUCGGGAAAAGCUCUCCUUGAUGCUCUUUGUACAUAUUACCCAAGCAUUGCCGGUAUAUUGCAAGCCAGGGGCAACGUGGUCCUAUUUAUCCAGUCCAUUCAUGGUUCUGUAAUAAGUACUUUUUUUUUGCAAAUUUGUUUUGUUGCCGGAGAUAGCAAAAUAUCUGUUCAUGUCUGUUUGUCUUUGUUCCUUGGAGUGUACCAAUGGAGCUAUCAGAUGUAUAUGCUGGUUUAUAUGCAUCAAUAAUCUUGUUUUGAUCUAGGAUCUUGGAAUCGCUUUGCUAAUGCGAUCUGGGGUGUAGUUUUGUACAACUUUAAUUGUUCGCAGAUUUUAGCGAGUGUUAUGAAGCUUAACUGAUCUGGGGUGUAGUUUUGUACGACUAUGUUUAAUUUUUCGCA